AUGUUCUUCAAAGGAAGAACCUGGCUUUGGUUAUACAUCAGAACAAGUAUCAUUCUAGGAAGUGAGCUAAACAGCCCAGAACAACUGGUGAAAAAUAACUUUUACCAGCUUAACAUAUUUCACUGCAGCUUUGAGGAAGCAGAAAAUUACUGUCAUGCCCAGAGAGGACACCUUGCUUAUAUAUGGAACCAGGAAGUUCAAGAUCUCCUCUGGGACUCACUGGAAGAAGGAAAGAAGUGGUGGAUUGGACAAAAUUUAAUGCUGCCAAAAAAGCAUCAAGGAAAACCCCCUCCAGCAGGUGUUGCAGCCCCCCAGGCCACAAAGCCUACCAGCUGCACCUACAUGUCCAGAAACUUCGAUCAGAUCUCAUCCAAAAGUGACAUAUGCUCAGUGAAACAUUAUUUCAUUUGCCAGACUGAGUGUGGGGAAAUUUUUAUUUACAGCCUUGUCUUCCGCAUAAAUGGAAAUAAUUCUCAUUUACACCAGAGAUCCAAGAAGACAAAAAGACAAGUUGCAAUACUAAGAAACAAAAUGCCCCCAGGAGUUCCUCAUCUUUCAUACGCAUGUCACCAGCGUGCUCAUGCUGAUCUUUCCGAGACCCUGUGUCAUCCCAUCAGCCCGUUUCCUUCAAUUCCACUGAAAGUCACACCCCAGUUAGUAUCAGUCACAGCUGACCCUACCAGCCAGCCUCUCCCUAUGAUAACAGAGCUCACCAGGCCUGCGUCUAUAACACACACUGAGAAAUCUCUGACAAAAAUAACUUCAAGCCCAAAAGAGGACUCAUACCUGGAUGUCUUCACCACUCAACUAGAAGCAUCAUUUCAGAAUGCAUCUGAUCAGGUCAUAGAUAAGAUAGCAGGGAACUUUAGCAGAGCAAUUCAUGGUUUGCAAGUUCGUGAUAAACUGAAGAAAGCUUGUGAAGUCCUCCAGACACUGACAGCCUUUACCCCAAGAUUUUCUAAACCAGCUCAGGUAAGUAUCAUCAAUUCAUUUAUCCACCUGAGUGAGCAGUUACUGAAGAUCCCAUUUCAGAACAACAGCAGUCAGGGCCCCAGAAUUCCUGUGACUGUCUGCCUCUUUCAUUCCCUCAACAGUGUCUUGCAAACUGGUGAAGAGAGUUGGCAGGAAUCCAAGCAUGACACUGAGCAGGUAGAAGACUUGCCGAAAAUGUCCUUGAUGGCACUUGAGAAUAUUCUGGAAGCAUUUCUAUUGCAGAAUCAGUUUUCUGCAUCUUCAGUGACUUUGACCUCUUCCAUUGCUACUCUGAUGUUGAGCGACCAGAACAUAUCAACUUUACCUCUGAGCUCUUAUACUCUGGGUUACCCAGCACUUGUGAGGUUAGGCUUUCCAUCAGCUUCAGCUUUGGAGGAGCUCUUGAAUAAACAACCCGGAGUUAAUGUCCAAAUAACAGGACUAGCUUUCAAUCCCUUCAAGAAUUUUGAUGAUGGAAACAUUGUUGGAAGCAUUGAAAAUGUGUUACUGAGCUCUAAUCAUGAAUUGCUCCGAGUUCAUGACUUAAAGGAAGAUAUUGAGAUCAUACUCUGGAGAAAUAUUAGCAUGGGAACUCAUCCCACCAGCCUCAACACGAGCACAGACCAUUUUACAAUCACAGUGAACAUCAUCCUUGAAGAAUCCCUAAUAGUGAGCAUAGAACCUGAUAGUCCCCUCCUCAUGACCCACUACCUAGGGUUCCAGCAUCAGCCUAACCACACUUACUUCUACCUGAACAUCAGCCUUCCAAAGGAUCAGGUGUGGCAAAAAGAUGAGGAAUACACGUGGGUGCUGACUCCUGAGAGUCUGCACUAUGGGAUCGGCACCUACUACAUAACCGCUGUGUUGAGCAAGAGCCAGGAGCUCACUCAGCAGAUACCCACGCUAGUCACCGUCGUAACUGCCGUCACUCGGUGUUAUUUCUGGGACAACCACAACAGGACGUGGAGGAGCAACGGGUGCCAAGUUGGGCCACAGAGCACGAUUUUGAAGAUGCAGUGUUUCUGUAGCCACCUGACCUUCUUUAGCAGCGAUUUCUUCAUCAUGCCCAGGACAGUGGACAUUGAAGACACAAUCAAACUGUUCCUUCGUGUGACCAAUAAUCCUUUUGGAGUGUGUUUGCUGGCCAGCCUUUUAGGAUUCUACAUGGUCACAGUUGUGUGGGCUUGGAGAAAGAAUCAAGCAGAUAUGCAGAAG